GAGGAGGAAGAAGGGGCUUUGAGAGAGUUGGGGGUGGGGGGGAUGCCGAGAAGCAGUUCGUUCUCUGCACCCAACACCUAAGAGCCCUUCGUGGUCCUCCCCGGGGGCGGAGAGCUAGGCGGCAGCGCGGCGCGGGCUCCGUGGAGCGGCCCAUGUCCGGCGCGGGUGAAGCCCUCGCUCCCGGGCCCCAGCGCGGGGCCGAGGCGGGCGGCGGCGGGCUGGGCGCCCCAGCCCAGGAAAAAUGUGAUAAAGAAAAUACUGAGAGAAAUAUAGCUCAAGCUACCGAUAGCUGCUUCACACAUGGAGAGAUGCAAGACCGGUCCAUUUGGGGAAACUGUUCAGACGACGAACUCAUCCGAACUCAACCCCAGCGCUUGCCCCAGCUUCCAAUGUGCUCACAGGAACCAAGUGAGGAAGAAACCAGCAAGAUAAAGAACGGCCACACAAGCCUGAGCAAUGGAAAUGGAAUUCACCACGGGGCCAAACAUGUAUCUGCAGAUAAUCGAAGACUUUCAGCACCUGUUUCUCACAAAAUGCACAGAAAAAUUCAGUCCAGCUUGUCUGUAAACAGCGAUAUCAGUAAGAAGAGUAAAGUAAAUGCUGUCUUUUCCCAAAAGACAGGCUCUUCACCUGAAGAUUGCUGUGUCCACUGUAUCCUGGCCUGCUUGUUCUGUGAAUUCCUCACCCUCUGCAAUAUCGUCCUGAGCCAGGCCCCCUGUGGCACCUGCACCUCCGAAGCCUGUUGCUGUUGCUGUGGAGACGAAAUGGGGGAGGACUGUAACUGCCCCUGUGACACGGAUUGUGGCAUCGUGGAUGCCUGUUGUGAAUCAUCGGACUGUUUGGAAAUCUGUAUGGAAUGCUGUGGAAUUUGUUUUCCUUCGUAGGUAUUUAUCUUCUGUUUGUGUUAAAACUGGAGUGUUUUAAAAUUUUUCUUUGAGGGGGGCAGAAAAGCACAUGGUAAGAUUCUCAUGAUGCAACCCAGUAUUUGCACUGUUAACUCAUUAUUUCAAGAAAUCUCUGGAAGCCUGUUUCUCUCUAACUGAAUCUACGUGGUUUAAUAUGUGAAAUUUUAACUACUUUUAAACUUAAUAAGUUACAGUGACUGAGGGACAUUUUGAAACCCC